AUGGAGGACGUGCUUGCCAAAGCUUGGGCACAAAUCAAGUGGGAGGAAGACGAAUCCAAUAGACAAUCGACAACAUCCUACUCUUACUCUCGCGACAGUAGAGUACCGAAGAGGGUAGAGCGACGACAGUCCUACCAUUAUUCAGAACCUUAUCCAACCAACAGAUCACGGUCAUACAGAGAUAGCGAGAACUCCACCCAAUCACACAGACCAAGAGAUUACAUUGCAAAGACAACACUACCUCGGCGGAUGAGGGAAUCAGACAAGGGACCGAUUCUUGAAUACAACCUGAACAUUAGCCCUGUCGAAAUAGUUGCAGUAAUGAAAGGAAUGGGAAACCAAGUCAAGUGGCCUGAAAAGAUUAAAAUACCAGUAGCAAUGCGCGACACGACAAAGUGGUGUGAAUUUCAUAAUGACCACGGACAUACCACUCCAGAAUGCAUAGCAUUAAGAUAUGAAGUGGCUGGACUCUUGCGCAAAGGUCAAUUGCGAGAUUUUUUAUCAGACAAGGGGAAGAUGACCGUGACGGAAGCAGACAAGAGGCCAACAACACCACCAGAACCACCUCAGCACACCCGGACAUGUAAUGUCAUCUCCGGAGGGUCAGAGGUCAGCGGCGUAACAUACUCAGCUGCUAAGAGGCAUGCACGUGAAAUAAUCGGGAAAGAGGGUAGACCAAAGAAACAACCAGCAGUCUAUAACGGCCAGAUCAUCAGCUUCGUGGACGACGAAGCUUCAUAUUUGCUCAAUCCUCACCAUGAUGCUUUAGUCAUUUCUUUAUUCAUUUCGAAUUGUUUUACUAAACGUAUACUGAUCGAUAACGGUAGCUCUGCUAACAUCUUAUUUUUGAAUGCUCUUAGGGAGAUGGGGAUCGACGAGGCCACCAUCAUCCACAAAUCCACAGUAUUGGUUGGGUUCAGUGGAGAGCAGAAACACUCAAUCGGCGAGGUCACACUCCACGUUUAUGCAGAAGGAGUCAACCUACAGACGAAGUUCAUUGUAGUUGACUCUCCAUCAGCUUAUAAUGCAAUCUUGGGCCGACCGUGGAUCCAUUCCAUGAAAGCUGUGCCAUCCACAUACCACCAAGUGAUCAGGUUCCCAACCAAGUGGGGAGUGAAAGAAAUAUGGGGAGCCCAAAAAACUGCUCGAGAUUGUUAUCAAAACUCGCUAAAAGAGAAAUCGGCAACAUUAUAG